AUGGACGACUUGGAGCAGCUGGAGGUGCUCUCGCUGGUGAGCAAAAUCACCAGCGAGAUCAAUAACCACUUGGGCAUCAACGAGAAAACGAUCGCCGAAUUCGUGAUCGACCAGCACGCCCAAAGCGCAAACAUCAGCCAGUUCAAAGAGAAACUUGCCGAAUUCGAUUUUCCCGACUCACUAAGUGAGAGCAUAGAUCGCUUGAUCCGGACGCUACAUCCGAAGCACAAGCCGAAUGGCGCCAUUCGGGAAGAGAAAGCGAGCAAAGGCAGCGAAUCGAAGGGAAACGUCUUCAAAGGCCUCGCAAUUCCAGACAAGGCCAUCGAGCCCGAAGAUGGCUUGGAUGAUACUUUCGCAGCGCUGGAGUCGUUAGCAGGACCGCCGAAGUCGAACGGGCGAAAGCGUAGCAUAUCACCGGAACGACCAGUGCGCGAAAGAUCACCAAAGCGUUCGAGACGAUCGAGAUCACGAAGUCCGAAGCGGCGCAACGACGAUUACCUUUUCGAAGAUGAGUUUGGACGUACGCGAUCGCACCGACCGUCGGAUCAGAAGCACGAGAAACGAGAGCGCAGGAGCAGGAGAGACUCUUUUGAUCGACCUCCAAGGCAGGAGCUGGACGAUGAGCCAAUUCUAUACAAGAUUUAUGAUGGUCGAGUGACAGGUGUCAAAGAUUUCGGUGUGUUCGUAAGUCUGCAAGGGGUCAAGGGCAAAGUAGAUGGGCUCGUUCAUAUCUCUGCCAUGGCCGACUACAAGGUCAAUCACCCAAGCGAUCUUGUGGCAAGGAACCAGGAAGUCAAGGUCAAGGUCAUGAAAGUGCAGGACAAGCGAAUUUCGCUGAGUAUGGCGGAAGUCGACCAACAGUCGGGCCAAGAUCUUGCUCCAAGUAAGCGCAUACAUCUCGGCACAGGUGCCAAUUCAGUAGGCUUGAAAGGUGCAAGUGAUUUUGGAGGUGCUGUGCCAGUCAUCGAAAGCAAUGGAAAUGGGAUCAGACAACGAAAGAGAAUGACUAGCCCAGAAAGGUGGGAGAUACGGCAGCUUAUUGCGUCGGGAGUGGUCAAGGCAGCCGACUAUCCUGAUCUGGACGAGGAAUACAACGCUGCGAUGAAUGGAGAGACUAUCGAAGAAGAGGAAGACGUGGAUAUUGAGGUCCGUGAGGAGGAACCGCCAUUCUUGGCAGGCCAGACCAAGCGAUCUCUCGAGCUGUCUCCAAUUCGUGUCAUCAAAGCUCCGGACGGCAGCAUGAAUAGGGCUGCGAUGCAGGGAGAUGUGUUGGCUAAAGAGCGACGAGACAUGCGACAAUCAGAAGCUCAAGACAAGGCGAAAGCCGAAGCCGCGAAGACAGACCUCAAUCAGGAAUGGAAUGACCCCAUGAUCGCGCCGGGAGAGCGAAGAUUUGCAAGCGAUUUGCGACAGCCGAAAGCUGCUGCUUCAGAAAUGCCGGAGUGGAAGAAGAUCGCGACUGGACGUGGCGAGCUAGGAAAGAGGACAACCAUGUCCAUCAAGGAACAGCGGGAAUCUUUGCCAGCAUAUAAGAUGCGGAAGCAGUUUCUCGAUGCUGUUCGACAAAAUCAGCUCUUGAUUGUGGUUGGAGACACCGGAUCCGGAAAGACGACGCAACUUACCCAGUACCUGGCAGAGGACGGCUUUGCGAACGAGGGCAUGAUCGGAUGUACUCAACCUCGACGUGUUGCGGCCAUGUCGGUGGCAGCCCGUGUGUCAGAUGAGGUUGGAUGUCGUCUCGGCGAGGAAGUGGGCUACACCAUACGAUUCGAGGACAAGACCAGUUCCAGCACCAAGAUCAAGUACAUGACUGACGGUAUCAUGCAACGUGAGAUUCUACUCGAUCCUGAGCUCAGCAAAUACAGCGUAAUCAUGCUUGAUGAGGCGCACGAGCGUACCAUCGCCACUGAUGUGUUGUUCGGGCUGCUCAAGAAGACUUUGAAGAAACGCCCUGACAUGAAGCUCAUCGUCACCUCGGCAACACUUGAUGCAGAAAAGUUCUCGGAGUACUUCUUGCAGUGCCCGAUCUUGACCAUCCCUGGCCGUACGUUCCCAGUCGAGAUCAUGUACAGCCGCGAGCCUGAAAGUGACUACUUGGAUGCUGCUUUGACGACAGCGAUGCAGAUACAUCUGACCGAGAAAGCUGGCGACAUCCUCCUCUUCCUUACAGGUAAAGAGGAGAUUGACACAAGCUGCGAGAUCCUUCACGAGCGCAUGAAAGCACUAGGACCGUCAGUACCAGAGCUGAUCAUUCUGCCAAUCUAUGGAGCUUUGCCCUCAGAAAUUGCCAGCCGCAUCUUCGAGCCUGCCCCCGGUGGUAGCAGGAAAAUUGUGAUAGCGACCAACAUCGCGGAAACCAGUAUCACCAUCGAUGGAAUAUACUUCGUCAUUGACCCGGGUUUCGUGAAACAAACUGCUUACGAUGCAAAGCUUGGUAUGGACCGACUGCAGGUCACGCCCAUCUCACAGGCACAGGCGAAGCAGCGAGCUGGACGUGCUGGACGUACCGGACCGGGCAAGUGCUUCAGGCUUUACACCGAAUCUGCUUUCCAGAAUGAGAUGCUUCCAACAACGAUUCCAGAAAUUCAACGCCAGAAUCUGUCAAACACCAUUCUCAUGCUGAAAGCAAUGGGAAUCAACGAUCUGCUUGGAUUUGACUUCAUGGACCCGCCGCCUACCAAUACUAUGCUUACAGCUUUGGAAGAAUUGUACGCUCUGGGCGCGCUUGACGAUGAAGGUCUUCUCACAAGACUUGGAAGGCGAAUGGCAGAUUUCCCCAUGGACCCAGCAUUAGGGAAAUCUCUCAUCACUUCAGUGGAUCUCGGGUGUUCUGAUGAAAUGCUCAGCAUUGUCGCCAUGAUCUCAGCUGUACAAACAAUUUUCCACCGUCCCAAGGAAAAGCAGCAACAAGCCGACCAGAAGAAGGCUCGCUUCCAUGACCCAGCGGGAGACCACCUCACUUUACUGAACGUCUAUAAUGGCUGGAAGAAUGCCGGCAAGAAUGAUGCCUGGUGUUUCGAGAACUUCAUCCAACCUCGCAACAUCAAGCGAGCGGAAGAUGUUCGGAAACAACUGGUGCAGAUCCUGGAGCGUCACCGUCUGAAAGUGAUAUCUUGCGGGCGCGACACCACCCGGGUCAGACAAGCUCUUUGCGCAGGCUUCUUCCGCAACUCCGCCCGCAAGGACCCUCAGGAAGGCUACAAGACUCUCGUCGAAGGUACUCCGGUAUACAUGCAUCCUGCCAGCGCCCUAUUCGGCAAAGCUGCCGAGCAUGUCAUCUAUCAUUCUCUGGUCGAGACGACACGAGAGUACAUGCACAAUGUCACCGCCAUCGAGCCGAAGUGGCUUGUCGAAGCUGCUCCUACAUUCUUCAAAGUUGCCGGCGGCAAAAAUGGCGAGUUGUCGAAACGUAAGAAAGCUGAGAGAAUACAGCCUCUUCAUAACCGCUUUGCUGGUGAAGAUGAUUGGAGGCUGAGCGCUCAGCGAAAGCAAGGUAGAGGUGGUGGAGGCACGUUUGGAUAG